AUGGACGGCUCAUCAUUGGAUAAACCCGAGCAAAGCUGGGCAGAGGGCGAUAGUAGACGCGAGCAAUCCAGACAUCGCAGCAGAGAUACUCGUGAGGAAGGUAGUCGCGAGGCUGCAGCUGGCCGGGACACUUCCAAGCCAAGUGCUGCUGCCGCUACUCGACCUCCACACUCUUCCACAUACGCCAGCACGAGAUCGCCAUCACCAGACCGCCGUCACCAUAAUCAUCGGGACCGCGCGUCGAGUCGAAGCAGGAGGCGCUCUCGUUCACCAAUAUCUAGGCAGGAUUUGUCUGGCAGAAGGCGUUCCCGCCAAGCCCAAGAUCGAGCUUCUCAUCAGCAUCAACCUUCCCGCCGACACGCCGAAUCUCCAACGUCGCACAAACGUCGCACCUCGCGCUCGCCAUCCCUGUCGACCUCCCAUCAUCAUCACAGCAAACGACAUCGAAGCCGCAGCCACGAUCGACAUUCCUCUCCUUCCCGACGCCACGGAUCAUCGAGCAGGGCAGCGAGAAGUGCAAGGUCGCCGAGGCCUGCACGGGAUAAGGACGCACUGGCGGACAGAAGGCAGACCGCAGAUCAAGCAACACCACGUCGCCGGCGGUCGCGGUCAGAAGAGUCAAGGCGUCACACUGAUUCACAACGAGAGAGAAGGCCGGUCCCGCCCGACAGAUAUCCUAGGAGAGGAGAAUCCACAGAUCGCCAGCGUCGACGCAGCCGCGAUCGACGGUAUUCGCGCUCUCCGCCGGCAGAGAAACAGAUAGACAGAGCAUACGGAGAUACCAGAAGGCGACGUGACGAGGCGUACCCGCGUGGCUCGAGACGGUCCCCUGCUCGGGCAAGAGAAAGCGAGCGAGGAAGUCGCCGGGCGACACGAUCACCCAUCGGCUCGUCAGUCCGAGUCACGAGUCGCGACAGCGUGAAGAGGGAUCCUCUUUCCCACCGCAGACGCGACAACCGCUCUCGCGAGAGGUCCACUAGCCGGGACAGUCGUCGCUCUCGUAAGGGAGAAAGUGAAAAGGACUCCGAGAUGUAUGGUCGCGGCAACUAUGGUGGCUAUCCUCAUGGACAGUCACCAUAUCAUCACAAUUCUUACCAACAGUCUGGGCAUUCCCAUAAUGGAUCUCCAUAUCAACCAGGCUACCAGCAACCACCAUCGCAGCCCGGCGCUGCAUACUAUCAACCACGACCAGGGAAUCAAUAUGGUGGAUCGCCCAAUUAUCCCACCCGCGAGCCUUUCCCAAGGCCUGCACAGCGUGGUGGUGUCGCCGCAAGAGGUGGCAGAGCGCACUUUGCCAACUUGUCUUGGACUCCCGGUGAUGGUGUGAAGGGUGGCCAUCUGGUGCAACCUGGCGACAAGCCCAAAGACGGCACAACAAGUACGACCACGCCACAGCUGAAGUCGGUGAUAGCACCACCUGAUCCUGAAGACGAUGACAAUCCGUUCAGACCUCCCGCCGACUUGCGCGCCGAGGACGAGAGCGCUAACAAGCGACGGAAGAUUGAUACAAGCUCAGAGACUGCUGCAACGCCAAAGACUGCAGAAGAGCUGGCGGCACAGGCAGAACGCGAGAAGAACAAGAUCAGCUUCUCCAUCAAGGGGCGUGCAAGCAUGGCAUCGGCUGAGAAGACCCCGAUCGUCUCAAAGUCGAGCAAAGUAGAGACAUCGCCUCUCCUCGCCAAAAAGCUACCUGCUACGAUCUCGCCGCUGGUUCAAAGCACCGUCCAGAGCAAUAUGCCCAAGAGCUCGAACUAUGUCGGCAACACCCGAGUAGGACCUCCUCGACAGCCAUCGCCUCCGCGAACACAAAAGAAGAUGGUGAGAAAGAAGCGGAUCAAGCCAAAGCCGCAAUUGUCGGAAGAGCAUGCGAAAUCCGACAGUGUAUACUACAGGAAGACUGGCAACGACUCUGUCGUCGGCUCCGGCACAUACGGCAAAGUCUAUAAAGGAGUUCACGUAUACACUGGCGGGCUCGUGGCACUGAAGAAGAUCCGCAUGGAGGGCGAGCGGGAUGGCUUCCCCGUCACAGCAAUUCGCGAGAUCAAGCUACUGCAAUCGCUCAACCAUGUCAACGUUGUGCCUUUGCUCGAGGUCAUGGUCGAGCGCAAUGACUGCUUCAUGGUCUUCGAGUACAUGUCGCAUGACUUGACUGGUCUCCUCAAUCAUCCUACUUUCGCGCUGUCCGCAGGACACAAGAAAGAUCUUGCCAAGCAAAUGUUCGAGGGCUUGGACUACUUGCAUAAAAGAGGCGUUCUGCACCGAGACAUUAAGGCGGCCAACAUCUUGGUCUCGAGUUCUGGUGUUCUCAAGUUCGCAGACUUUGGUCUCGCGCGCUUCUACCAGAAGCGACAGAAACAGGACUACACCAACCGUGUCAUCACCAUAUGGUACAGAAGUCCAGAGCUUCUUCUUGGCGAGACUCAAUAUGGACCUGCAGUGGACAUCUGGAGUGCGGCCUGUGUGCUCGUUGAGAUUUUCACAAGACAUGCCAUCUUCCCUGGCGACGGCAGCGAGAUCAACCAGCUGGACAAGAUCUACCAGGUCCUUGGUACGCCAUCGCGCAGUGAAUGGCCAGGCGUAUCUGAGCUGCAGUGGUACGAGCUUCUGCGACCAGCUCACCGCAGUGCUUCGACCUUCAAGGAGAAGUAUCAGGACAAAGUCUCGCCAGAAGCCUUUGAGCUAUUGCAGGCAAUGUUCCUGUAUGAUCCUGCCAACAGACCGACUGCUUCUGACGUGCUGGAACAUCCAUACUUCACAACUGAAGAGCCGAAGCCCGCACAGGUCGUGGAGCUGGCAGACCUAGAAGGAGACUGGCACGAGUUCGAAUCAAAGGCAUUGAGAAAGGAGAAGGAGAGGCAGGAGCGCGAGACUAGGAGACGAGAGCGCGACGGGGAGAAACGCAAAGCGGAGGACGCGGCUGGAGGUGAGUCGAAGAGGCCGAAGACAGGCGAACCCGCAGUACCCACAGCAGGAUAG